AUGCCUUUUUCCACUGUUGUACCCUAUCUCGUUUACCAGUGGCAAUUCAUAUUUCAAGGUAUUCCUGAAAAACCUGUCGUCGAAUGUGCCCCUGUGGAAGUUAGAGCAGUGUUUGGCACGGAGAAUCACUCUGAAGACCCGUUUGAUCUUUCUGCUGGGAACCAAGAAUUGGAAUGUGUCGUCGAACGAGUAUCGAAGACAGAUGAUGAUUGCAGCAUCCGAAACGAGUGCAACGAAGGAGCGCUGAAGGUUCAGCUUGCUGACCUGAUGGAAGAGAAGGAGAUGAUUUAUUCGGCUAACAAACAACUCGCAGAAAUCAACGACAACAUGAAAUUGGAAGCCAUGAAGGCCAGCGCUGCCCGUGAGGAACUCACCAGGCAAAACAUCGAGUUGCAAAACGAGUUAGUCAGGAUGAAAUGUGAUCUGCGGAAGACUGAACAAGAAAUGAAAGACGUGCUCUUUUCUAAGGAACAGUAUUCAACUAAGGCCGGUCUAAUGCAGCAGGAAAUCAGGAAUCUCAAUAUUCGUCGAAAGGAUAAUGAAGAACGUAUCUCUUGUUUGGAAAAGGAACUGGUGGAUAAGGAGAGUCAACGCAAAUUAGAGCUAGCCCACCAACAAGCUAAGAUGCAGCACGCAAUGGCGCUACAUGCCAAACAGCUGAACGUCAUUGAGUCGGAAAACAAGGUGUUCGUACAAAGGAUGGUUAAGCAACACCAGCUCGAAAUGGACGAACAACGUGUCCAAUACGAAACCGCCAUGACUGAGCUACGCAACCACCUUGAGAAGGAACAUAAAGCUCGGCUCCAUUCGGCGCUAGAGGAGGCAAAGGCCCAAUACGCUGCUAACUAUUCCAAGGUUUCUUACGACUUUCGAGUGCAAGAGCAAAUCCUUCGCAAAGCCGCCUAUUCAGAUCGCAAGAAGGCUGAACAACUAGCCACGCAUCUCGAAGAUUGUACGAGCAAACUUUUAGGCAUGGAAGCAGCUAACCGCAUUCUGAAAGAGACACUGCACAGACAAACCGAGGCCUCAACUCGAUAUUACGAACAACUGAUCGACAGCCACGACACCAUUGGCCGAAUCCGCAAUUUUCACGCACAACUGCUCGAAAACCGUGAUAGGCUUAUUGAGCAAUUGGAACAAAGAAACGAAGAAUUGGAGAAAGGCGCUGACAAGGAUGUCGAAGAAGUCGGACCUGAUUACUAUAAACUCUUGGGGGUCGGGCGAAACGCUAAAACGACCGAGGUUAAGUCGGCAUAUUAUGCAAAAUCGCUAAUACAUCAUCCCGACAAGCAUCGAGACUCGCCCGACCAGAAAAGGCAUGAAGCUAUCUUCAAAACGAUUAAAUAUGGCUACGAAGUUAUAUCUAAUAGCCAUUCGCGCCGCACAUACGAUGAGUGGCUCGACAUGACAUCGGUUCGACUUGCCCAUCAACAGAAGUAUUGUUAA